AUGCGUUUAUGGGCUAGAGUAGACAAGAGGAUCUUUGACACGGACAAGGAUGGGAGGAUUGGCGUGCAGGACCUCAAGCUUGUCAUGCAAUCUUUCGGCUAUGAACACUCCGAAGAAGAGUUUGAAAGUUAUCUGGACGACCUUCCGAUCAGUGUGGAAGGAGACAGGUACAUGGAUUUCCCACAGUUUGUUCUCUGGGUAGUCAAGCUAGGGGAAAGGAUUGAAGAAGAAGAGCAAGAGGCAAAAAUCAAACGAGAGAAGGAGCUGGAGUACAGGAUAGAGCUCAUGCCGCGAGGGAAAGAAGUUGAGAGAGUCAAACUAGAACUUGCCGAGGUCAAAGAAGAGAGGGAGGAAGUAUACAACAUAGUGAUAGAAGAGCAGCGGCAAGCUUUCAAGGAUCUGUUCCUCGACCUCGAUGCGCAGUCAAAGGGAUACCUGACCCAACAAGACAUCACCAACCUGGCCAAGAAGCUGGGGAAGCCAUGGACAGAGCACGAGUACGAUGCGAUGAUGCAUGCUGUAGCAUGGGAUGAGCCGGAAAUGUAUCCCUGCCAGCGGGCGAUCGUUGAGCAGCACGCAAGAGAGAAGCUGGAGAAGGAACUGAGCGCGUUCAACGUUGACAAGCAGGCGGCAAAGAGGAAGCAAGCGAGCAGAUGUGCGAUCAUGUGA